AUGGCUCUCAAGGAAGCAGCCUCGGGCUCCUUGAAGCGCAAGAGAGGCGCUGCUAGAAGAGCAGACAAAGCACCCGUCUCUGGUCAUGCCCACCUCGACAGCAAGCUCAAAGGAGAGAUUGCUCUGCUUUCCCACGACCUGGUCGACGACCUGUUCCCUUCCUCGUCUCCAGACUCUGCCGAAAUCUACCAUGUCGCCAUCACUCCUUGGGCUCCGUCCACCCUCGUCGCCGAUGCCGCUACACAGUGGGUCAUCCUACCAUGCAGACGACUGCCUCGCGGUCACCCCGAUCUACCGCACUCUUCGAUAAGGAUUUCAAUCUUUUCUCACGUAGCUCAGGCUCUCCAGCGAGCACUGCACACUCAAUCGCCCAAUCGCUCCCUGCGUCCCGCCUCGACCCUCGAAAUCUGUCUCACCCACGUCGUCGCACUACCCCUCGACGUAGUCUACGUUUCGCUCGACUUGACAACCCUGGGGAACACCAAUGGCAUCCAGAAAGAUCACGGGAACACCUUACUGCGAGUCUCAAAGGGUGGGAGAGAGAAGCAAUCGAAAUCCUCGGCCGCAAUCGACUCUGCCCAAGUCACUCGCGUUGUACGGGAUGCCUUGGAUGCUGCACGCGUCGUAAGAGCUGGUGACAUGUUACCCCUCACAUUGGCACGUCCUCAGACACAAGCCUCUGCCUCUCCUGCUCUGGUCACGGCCUGUGAACCCGUCUCCCAAGGACUGGUAACAUCGACAACCCAGAUAGUCGUCGUUUCGCAAAACGAACGUCGUACGAAACCGAGCCGCUCUGUUACCUUCUCGCAGCCGGACGAAGAUACCGCCAACGAGGCAUUCUAUACUGCCGCUGAAGAUGGCGCACAUGCAUCCAUCGAUACUGUGCUGGACUCUGACCUAACCUCUGAUGAUGCUUUGUCCGAAUUAGGUGAUCUUUCGGAUGAUCCAGAUGACAUGAUCUCUCUGAGCUCACCUUCCAUCACAUCUCAACCUUCAGGCAUACUCUCUGCUAGAUCGAAUGCGACCCCCAAACUUUUUGGCAAUCCGCGAGGUAUCAAUACCCCUGGAUCUGUGUUCUCAUCUAUGACUUCCACAACUAUGAGAGGGGCUCAGGGAGGACGAACAAAAACUUUCAAGACCCAAGGACUUCUGGAACGUAUCCCUGAUGACUUUCUCUAUCCAAAACCAGGCUCUCAGCAGGAUGAGGAAGCCCGGGUCUAUGUCGACACCAGUGCUUUGGCAAAGCUCGGUUGCUUCUCUGGUGACUGGAUUCAGUUGCAAAUAGCAGAGGACCCUGCCGGUGCAAACUCUUUAAUGGCAUUUUUCCGUGACCAGGACAUCGACGAGGACAGUACAUCGAGGCCACUCAAAAUAUAUGGACUACCCGAAGGCUUUUCUACUAGGCCACAAAAAUACCCGCUGAAUAACAGAUCUGGUCGACGCGAUAGCAUCUCCUCAUCACAACCUAUUCCUGUCGCGCCUGCUACCCUUUACCUGUCACCUGUUCUACUGGCCAAUCUUGGGAGUCCCAGUCAUGUGCGGAUAUCGUCUUUGCGAAUUACCGAUGUCUCUAAUUUCUUGCGUCCUGGACAAACCAAGUUAAGACUUCAAGGCUCAUCUCUGCCACCUACAGCUAAGGAAGUAACUCUGUCUAGGCUAUCAACACCUCUUUCUGAGGAGAAGUCGACUCAGCCAAGUCUAUUUGCCCGACUGCAAGACUACUUCAAGCAGAAGCAACGCAUUGUAAAGUCUGGCGAUCUCAUCGCUAUUCCAAUCGAUGAAGCGUUGGGGAAAGCAGUAUUCGAAGGAGGUGCUGCAGAUGACACGAAUGACAUAUUGACCCACCUUGAGUCUUCGUCGGGCAACGAUUCUACAAAAGUCCGGUCGUAUGGCUUAGCAGUUGCAUGGUUCCAAGUUGGUGAUGUGAGUUCGCCUUUGACCGAUGCUCAGGAUGCUGAAGAGGCUGGGCUCUGGGGAGGGGUUGUAACUAUUGAUCCUACGGAAACUAGGAUGAGUCAAUCGGGAGCACUGCAGAGGAAGCUGCCCUCUACAACGCAAAACUCGUGGGAGUUUUAUCACGGCAUCAGGAAAGUGCCCAAAUCGCUUGCGAGCGGGAGCUCCCAUCUUCGUACGCCACCCAAAGAACAUGUACCACUAUUGCAACGGCGCAUGCGUGAGCUUAUGGCAGCUGCUAUGAGUCCUCGUGCUGUGCACCUUGGACUUCCACCUCUCGCAAUACUCUUGACAUCGACCCAGCGAAAUAUUGGCAAAGCGUACACAGUCUCUCGUGCUUGCCAUGAUCUAGGUGCUCACGUAUUUUCUAUUGAUGCGUACGAACUGGUCUCGGAAGGAGCUACAGGGGGUGGAGACACCAAGACCGAGGGCUUUCUCAAAGCUAGAGCCGAACGAGGAUUGCAUUGUGGUGCGCAGCACACAUCGCUCUUGAUUCGUCACCUUGAGGCUCUCAGUUCAGAUCGUAUGGCUGGAGCUCUGAAAGACAUCCUAGCUGGUUGUCGUGUGUUGAUUGCUACCUCGACAGAAGUAGACAAGAUACCUGAUGCCAUCCGUGGUAUUUUUACGCAUGAACUCGAGAUGACAGCUCCCGAUGAAGCAGAAAGAGAGGGCAUUCUGCGAUCAAUCAUUGCAAACUCGGGUCUUGUUGUUUCACCCUCGGUUGAUUUGAGCUCUGUGGCAGUCAAAACUGCUGCUCUGGUUGCUGGCGAUCUUGUCGAUGUCGCAGAAAGAGCCGUGCUCAACCAGGCAGUUCGUCUCGAGUCUCUAGCGGUCGCAUCUUCUAUGUCUCGCGAGAAACCCAUCUCUGUCAGGGACAUUCAGAUAGCUGGUGGCGACUCGGCUAUCUCGCUUACCUCUGCAGACUUCGAGAAGGCUGUCGAUGACGCCAGAAAGAAUUUUGCAGACUCUAUUGGCGCACCCAAAAUCCCUAAUGUGCAAUGGUCAGAUGUCGGAGGUUUGGCCAACGUCAAGGAGGCUGUCAUUGAAACUAUCCAAUUGCCGCUUUCGCGUCCAGAGCUCUUCGCAAAGGGUCUGAAGAAGCGAAGCGGUAUUCUGUUCUAUGGACCCCCAGGAACGGGAAAGACGUUGCUGGCAAAGGCCAUUGCAACAGAAUUCAGCCUCAACUUUUUCUCCGUCAAAGGGCCGGAACUACUCAACAUGUAUAUUGGUGAGUCUGAAGCCAACGUGAGACGUGUCUUCCAAAGGGCAAGAGACGCAAGACCUUGUUGUGUAUUCUUUGACGAACUUGACUCGGUCGCACCAAAACGUGGCAAUCAAGGUGACAGUGGUGGUGUCAUGGAUCGUAUCGUCAGUCAAUUGCUAGCCGAAUUAGAUGGCAUGAGCGAUGGAGACGAAGGCGGUGGUGGUGUCUUUGUCAUCGGCGCGACAAACAGACCAGAUUUACUCGAUCAAGCACUGCUGCGUCCUGGCCGUUUCGACAAGAUGCUGUACCUUGGCAUCAGUGAUACUCAUGAGAAGCAGCAAAGGAUAUUGGAGGCGCUUUCAAGAAAGUAA